AUGGUUGAGCAAACAGUUGCUCCAGUCGAAGAUGAAAAAUCACGUGCUCUAGGAGCAUACCGUCGUAAAUUGGUUGAAUAUCGUGAAGUGGAAGAACGUUUGAAGCAGCUAAGAAAAAAAGAAGUAGAAGUUCAGAAAGAACACGACAAGUCGGAAAACGAUAUCAAAUCGUUGCAGUCAGUUGGGCAAAUAGUUGGAGAAGUAUUGAAACAGUUAACCGAAGAGAAAUUUAUUGUGAAAGCUACAAAUGGUCCCCGAUAUGUAGUUGGUUGCAGACGAUCAGUAAACAAGGGAGCUCUGAAGCAGGGCACUCGAGUUGCUCUGGAUAUGACAACACUUACAAUAAUGCGACAAUUACCUCGAGAAGUAGAUCCAUUGGUCUAUAAAAUGAGCCACGAAGAUCCAGGCAAUAUAUCGUAUUCUGAAGUUGGCGGGUUAAGCGAACAAAUACGUGAAUUGCGUGAAGUCGUUGAGUUACCAUUAGUUAACCCUGAUUUGUUCCGACGUGUUGGUAUUACUCCACCUAAAGGAUGUCUUUUAUAUGGUCCUCCAGGGACUGGAAAAACUUUGUUGGCAAGAGCUGUGGCUUCUCAGUUGGACUGUAAUUUCCUGAAAGUUGUUUCUUCUGCCAUAGUUGAUAAAUAUAUCGGUGAAUCGGCGAGAAUGAUUCGUGAGAUGUUCAACUACGCCCGCGAUCAUCAGCCAUGCAUCGUGUUUAUGGAUGAAAUUGAUGCUAUUGGUGGUCGUCGAUUCUCGGAAGGGACAUCAGCUGAUCGCGAAAUACAACGUACUCUAAUGGAGCUGUUAAAUCAAAUGGAUGGGUUUGAUUCACUAGGACGAGUGAAGAUUAUCAUGGCAACAAAUCGACCCGAUACGUUGGAUCCAGCAUUGCUUAGACCUGGUCGUUUAGAUAGGAAAAUUGAAAUUGGUUUGCCGAAUGAGCAAAGUAGACUUGAGGUGCUAAAAAUUCAUGCUAGCAAAAUAACAAAACAUGGCGAUAUCGAUUAUGAAGCAGUCGUUAAGUUGUCUGAUGGUUUCUCCGGUGCAGAUCUCAGAAAUGUUUGUACGGAAGCAGGAUUAUUUGCUAUUCGUGCUGAACGUGAGUAUGUCAUUGAUGAAGAUUUUAUGAAAGCAGUUCGUAAGGUGGGUGAUGCGAAGAGGUUGGAAACGAAACUUGAUUAUAAACCUGUGUGA